AUGGUGCUGGAAGAGCGUUGUUUGAAGAAGAUCUCCAUAGCAGUUGAAAAUGAUAGUGCUUUAUUUCAUGGUUUGAAUCAACUACAAGAAAUUGAACUAUGGAAUAGCAAAAGUAAAAUAGUUAAUGAGAAUAUAAGGAAUAUAUCAAGGCCAUUAAAGUUUAUCAGUCUAGUGAAUCCAGUAUACACACCAAUAUGGGCAAUAGUUGAUAAGCCAUAUAUUGUGUUCUCCUCUGAUGAAAACACGCUGUCGGUAUUCCAAACUUUAAUGAACCAUUCCAAUUUAAAAGAAAAUGUAUUCAACAAUGCCCUAUUAGCCAGUAUUAAAGAUACUUUAUUCAUGCUGUUCUAUAUCGAAAUGGUUAAUGAGAGCCCCAGUGUCAAAUGCUUGCUACUUGAAAUCAAUUUCAAUAAGAUAAAUGAGGUUUUAAAUGGAGAGGAAGAUAUGAGUACUGAUGCCCCAUCAGCAUAUUUUAUUGAUGAAGUGUUGGCAAAGAAAGAUGAAAUGAUUGACAAUCUGCUCAAAAGACGAAGCGAUAAACAACAAUUAUCGAGGGCAAAGAAACAACAAGUUGAAGAUACAGCUAAAGAUCAACAGUUGAGGAUUGUGAAUGUUCGCCAAAAUUUCAAAAAGAUCAUAAACAAGGAGGUGAAAAGAAGAUUGACUGGUCGCCCAAAGUCCACACAAAUUGAAGCUGGUGAGAUUUGCUUCAAAGCUAUGAGCUUCAAGUUUACCAGUCUAGAAAGCAUGGAUGAUAGAGAUGAAAGAGAAGUCAAAGAUUGGCUCAAUAUUUUCUUGAGUGUAUUGGGUCUUUGA